GAUGAACAAGUCGGGGAAAUCGGAUAUUGUAAGGAAAGGACAUCGGAAACGUAAAAGUACCGCCAGAUUUACGUACGAAGAAUUUCAAAAUAUUGUCAACCAUGAAAAUGGCUUUGCAACAGAAGGUAGUAUGUUGAGAAUUCGUCAACAAUUAUUCGAUUAUGUAAAGAAUAGCGGAGGUUACAGACUUACAGUUGAUGCUUGUUUUGAGCACUUGAUGAACCAUUAUAAAAAAUUGCCUCCAGAUUUAACUUCUAAAGGUGAAAAGGCAGCCAUUCUUGGAACGGCGUUAUUUAUUUGUGAAAAGUAUAAAGUAAACGAUAAAAAAGUAUCGGGUACUAUUUCCCUAUUAGCACCGCUAAUUAAACCUUUAGAGUGGUUCUCGGUGUUAAGUCCCAUACAGAAUUUUUGUACCCAUAAAGCUUUUUUAUAUGGAAAAUUGAGUCCUGCUUCACGCCGAGGGCUCCUCUACGGACCCAAGAAGAAGCAAUUGGAUGCUCUGCAAUAUUAUCUGUAUCAUGGUCGAACUCUUAACUACUUCAUUUACGAUGAGUCACAACCAACACCUAUUAACACGAACAGCAUGGAAAAGUGUCGUAGCUUAGUUGAUUUGCCUUUAUAUAUAGGGGGCAACUUUAGUAAUUCAACUCCCCUGUCCUUAGCCUGUUUAGGUGGACAGCCAUCAACCGUUCUACUGCUUUUAAAAAAUGGUGCUCAAACGAUACUAAAGAUAGGUAAUCAAUCCCCCUUCACUGCCAGUUCUCAGCCAUAUACAGUCCUUGUUAAUCACCUAAACGAAAUAGCCAAUGUCACAAAUUCAAGCGAUGUAUCUUUUGAUUCUAAAGAGAUACAUGGAAGAAUUCAGCGUUACUUCGAAAUAGAUCGUUUACGAAAUCCAACAAUGGAUAGAGUUCCCAAUGAAUAUCUCUUAAAUAGGACGUGUCGUUUGCUGAUCUGCUUAAUAUAUUUACUUAGAGCAUCGUUUCGAAUCCCGAUAGUAUUUAGUGAUGACGAGAAAAAAAUACCUUCCUCAGCUCAAGCCUGGAAUUCUAACGGACCUCAUAAAUUAGUUUUGUUCUGCAGAUUUAAACAAUAUCUACCAAACCUUGAUUUCAACGUUUCAAGUUUACAACAGCUUUGUAGAUUGGCAAUAAAUAAACGUCUUUUCCAAAUUGGAAAUUUACCAUAUGGUGUAUCAGAGCUAGGACUACCGAAAUCUCUUAGACAAUAUGUUGCUUUCGAAAGAGAUUAA